AUGGCUCCCACUGCACCCAAGCAAGCGAAGGGCAAGGAGACAAAGGAGCGCGUCAAGGAGCAGCUGGACACGCACGUAUUCACGUUCUCCGGCACGCACUUCAAGAUACCCCAAGCAUGUCUGGAGGCCAUCCAAGGUUUGCAGGAAGAAGAUGAUAGCCCCGUGCUCAUCAAUACGCAAGCCCAAACGAGUGGUUCUAUUGUCACGGCCCUCAAGAAGCACCCCGAGACAGGAAAGCGUCCUGAUGAGACCAUAUUCACGCUCGAGGAAGUCAACACAGACCUCAAACCUGACAGAGAAGCUCAUCUGCUGGUCGGGUUCACACUGAGCAUUCUAAAGCCUGAAGAUAUGACCAAGCGAACACCAGCAGUCCGUCUGGUUGGCACGACCAUACCUGACUCUCAAUCAGCAAGUGUCGACCUCGACGACGACAAUCAGUUUGCGCUUCCCGUUGUGGUAAACAUCAAGCAAGCCGCAGAGCUAGUUGACACUGGGAAGAAGCCGACCUUCUAUGCCCUGGCAGGGGAGCGCCGGGGUGGCCUGUACAUUCCACACACCGUGGCCGCCGGUCGAGUCUUCUUCCUCUCACUUUUCCGCGGACCAGAGGAGACAGACAUCUACCGCAGCUUUUCUUGGUCUAGGAAUGUCGUCGCACGUGCCGCAGACCUCAUCCUGAGCAUGAAGCCCGUUGGAGAAGGAGGAGACAGCUUCAACCAAGCCAGCAACUCGUCCAAAGUCAUCGUAGAAGCUCACAGAAGUCUCGUAGCCGAGCUCGAGUUCCAUCUCGGAUGCUUCGAGAUGACUUCUGACGUGGCCCAUGCAAAGGCAGCCUUGAAGUUUCUUGAGGAGGCGCGACAUGACAUGAAGCACUGCCCUCCCCCAUCUGCAGACACGCUCUCACGCUUCAUCGACAACAAGGACGUCGAUUGGGAUGACAAUGACUCUCAAUACGUCCUCAGCGAAGCGCGAGCCUUGUGGCCCGAAAUCAACCUCCCAGAAGCCAGCACUAUCGCCACCCUGAAGCUACAGCUCGUUCAGGGUGACGUUCAGGUCAUCCCAUCGCAGGUGCCGAUGUUCCUCACCAUCGCUCAGGCCAUAGCAUGCUGCCCUGACCCCGUUCAAGCGGGCAUCGCCCAGGGCGACGGCUUCGCAUCAUUUGUCCUGCACGUCACCAAGCACAUCAAGUCGCCAUUGCUGCCGAAGGAGGGCCCCACCCCUCAGGGAGCAGUUCGGAUGAUGUGCGCCCUGGAGGAGGUACUUUCGAAGGUGACUGAAGCGUGGCGUUCGUUCGUCAAGGCAAGCCGGGAGGCCGCGGGAGACCGAGUCAAUGCACAAAUUGCUCCUUACAUCGCCGAGCAUGGACUCUCCGCUGCUGACAAAGACAAUGUGAAGACGAUGCUCACAGAUGCAUACAAGAUUAUGCACCAAGAGUACAUUGAGGGGAGCAACGUUGUGGCGGACAGGAUUGAAACGAUUGUUGACAUGCUCAAGAGCAGCGGCAUUCACGAUCAGAGCGAGGAGGCCAACGGAGAUGGGGAUAACCAGUAG